GCUGGCUUCUCUGAUGUGUAACUAAUCAACAAGGUUACCAACCAUUCUUUACUCGCCAAAUUGUUGCUAGACGAAGAAGUUUUGAUCAAAAAUGAGACGGAAUCCUGAUGCUGGUUUUGUCCUCCAUGGGCGACGGACACCGAUAGGCAUUGACAAGCCUAAAGAGUAUCUCACCAAUUCUCAGCGCACAAUCAGCACCAGAAAUCUGUCACAAAAUACCCUGUAUCAGCCAGACAGCCGCAGCUCAAGCAGAUUCAGUGAACGCAGCUUCUCAAGUGCCUCGGAGAGACUGCAAAAGCGGGACAAAUCCCCCCGAAGGUAUCAGAGGUUGCAGGACUCGGCCUCGGAGUCAGUGUUUGAUGCUGAGAGCCUGUUUGGGUCCAUGAAUGGUGGUACAGCCGCGCGGCUUGAGCGCAGGGAACAGAGUCGCAAGCCCAGGGAUAGUGAGUUCAGCCUUGAUUUCACCGGCUUGGGAAACAGCCUCAGUAAAAGCUUGAACAAGAGCGUCAGCUUCAGCAAGCAGCUUGAGGAGUACAAGACGAACGGCUCAAAGGCAAAAGCUUAUGAUGAUGAUCUGGAAGACACUUUUGAAGAGGAAUUACAGAAGCUGAUUGAUGAUGACAUCAAAGAGAAUGAACGCUUCGAGCAGGAUCUCGCUGGAAAGCCAAAAAGUAAACACGAAUCUGAAUGGUUCACAGAGCCGGUCCAUCUGACCAAAACAGCUGACUAUCCUGUGUUCCAGAGCCUUGGUGUAGACACUAAAACAACAUCCCCAGUCAACCGGACUGCCGGAAUGCUAGGCACAGAGCUGGCGCAGCAGAAAGUUGCACACCAGAUGCUUCUGGAUGACGUCGCCCGGCAGUACUUUCCAGUAACACUCGGAGAAAUGCCAUCGAUUAUGAGGACUGUGACCCCACAGCCGCCAAACUCCGUCGCGAAAAAAUACGCACAGGCCCGGUCAAUGGAAUCGGCAUCCAGAAGUACCUCAAACGGAACUGGUAGAGUGUCGUCAGCUCCAGCGUCGAAAACCCAGCCACCAAGAACUCAUAGUUCCCACAGUAGCACUAGUUCUUACAGCAACCCCAAAGUAGAUGCCUUGUGUGAUUACAACUACCUCAGAGCCUCAAAGCCGUUCGUGGAGGAGACGGUUACGGCUUCCCCGUAUCAGUAUGAACUGGCACAGCUGAAGAUGGAGCGGCUACGGCUUGAGGAGCAGCGACUUCUCGAAUCCAAGAGACAGGAGGAGCUGGAACGGAUCCGGGGGCCAACACCCAAAUGGUACGAGCUGAAGUCGCCGCAGUUCACCUACGAGCUGCACAAGAACAACAAGCUCCUUCAGAGCAAGAAGGACUGGCAGAACCUGAUGGACUACAGGGAGCAACUCACCAGGUCCUCCCAAGACUUUGCCAAGACGGACCUUGGUGGAUAUUUGUACUGAAAGCAGAAAGACACUUGCGCUAGACCCUGAUGACAUCAGUGAUGUGAUUUGAAGUGGGAUUUUAGGAGGGGAGGGGCUGUCCUGCAUCCCCCUCUCUCUUGCAUAAUCAAAAAUUAAAUUUAUAUUGCCUUGUAAAUCCAUUUUGCACCUCAAACUUUAUUGAAUUGAUUAAGGCGAUGAUUAUUUUAUUUUCGUCUAGAUUUUUAAAAAAUGGCUACAUGACAUUUACAGGUUUAUGGCUUCUGACUAGCACCUCUUGAACAAAGACGUUGACAAAACGGGGAGCCGCCAACAUAAGGCUGGAGAGCUCUGUUGGUGGAGCACCGGAACGGUUAUCCGAGAGGUUAGGGGUUCAAACCCCGCUCCAGUCAAUUUCUUUGUUCAACUUUUCAAAAAUUGUUAUAAUUCACCUAGUCAGUUUACCUUCGUGGUUCAUUUGAGGUUUUAUUUUUAGACUGACAAAUACAGUAGUCACAUAUCAAACAAUCUAAAAGGCAUUGUUAAAUCAAGUUUUUAAAAGUUUGACAAGUAUGACAAACUAACAACUGUGUAUCAGAUGGACUGUUAGUAUACACUUCAUUGUUGAUAUUACUUUUCAUUGUAAAACUUGGGUACAAGUUGAUGUGAUUGAUAAUAGGUGCUGGAAAUGAAAUAUCGAAAUGAGACUGCAAAAAAGACAUCCUAGUGCUUAAGACUUCUUGAACAAAUGUGCCUAUGUAUUAAAUGAAAUAAAUGAUUAAAAUAAUUUUGAAAUAAAGAUACAUUUUUUUAGAGCUAAAUAACUA